GCUCGACAAAAUUACGAAUAAAAUACUGAAACUGUAAGCUACCUUUGUGAGUUACUGCUGUUCUAAAUUUAACUUGGGGGAAGCUAUCGAAGUUCAGAAUGGCUGAAGUACCAGCGCCAGUUCAAAACACUGAUGAACAAGGGGGCAAGUCUGAACCAAGCACAGAAAAAACCGGAAGCGAUGCUCCACCUUCUGAACCAGAUUCAACAGCAAAUCCCAAAGUAGAAGAAACUGCAACCCCCACAACCGAGCAGGAUAGGAAUACCGUGUCUACGGAACCGCCGCCUGCGGAAAACUCACAGCCAGCAACGCCUACUGAAGUAACUGACACCAAUCAAGAACCUAAACAUGACAGCCCUCAAACCACCCCGGAAGGUCAAACAGCAACUAACGAAAUCAAGCAAGAGCCCGAAGAUGUUUCCAAGCCUGUUGGCCAAAUAGUUGAUGGCGAGACUGCUGAACCGGUUCAAGAAGGGUCAGAACCGCAAACACAGCCGUCAGAGGUGGACAAUGAAGUUAAACCAGCAGUAUCUAGCAUUUCUGGAGACUCCGAUCCAUCAGGUGCUCCAAAGCAAGGCGAAGAAGCCACACCGAUUAAAGUGGAAAAGCAACCUGCCAUUGGUCAGCUGCAACUGAAGGAACUUUUGAGCGGGACAUCCAUACAGAUCGUCGAACACGCUCAAAAGUUAGCAGAAGCCCCUCUGAUUGGUACAAUCAAGGAAGAGCCUCCUGUUUCGGUGCCCUCUCAUGCAGCUCCGCAGAUUCCGAAUAUUGUCGUUGGUAGCGAUAUCCAGUCUAGCGCCCCGGUUCUGACGGCGGAGGACCAGUACCCCGGUCCCGACCACGAUGACCUUCCGUUCGUUCAUAGACAUCCGUCAUUCCCUAAUACCAUCGCAGCAAGUGAAGAUGAAUCCCAAGACACUGAACCGUAUGACGUCUACACUGUGCCGGAAGGAGCGGAAAAAGUAGACGAAUGUCCCACUAUUCUGAAGAGAUAUGUACAGUUGUAUAAUGACGACAAGCAGCCCGUUGCUCGCUACUUUAAGCUUGAAGAUGAAGACAGGCUAAAUGAAGCGGCUGGGUGGGAUAUUCAAGCGUCUUAUCAAUCAAAGCCCACGUGUUUUAUACGCUCAUCCGUAUUGGAGAAGGUUCUUAGGGGCGUUUUAGAAUUUCGUUUAUCUCGGUAUGUCGCGGAGGGCCUAGAUCCAAAGAGGACUAAACAGCUGUUGCCAAUACUUAGUGAAGAUGUGGCAACCACACUUGCGCAAUGUCGAUUUUACAGCUACAAGUACAGCUACUUCGUGUCAAUUAUUCCAAAAAAUCGUCAGGAUGUCGUUAUUUCCACCAGACAAAUCUGGGAUCGAACUACGGACAGACGAGUUAUCGCAAAAAUGGACAACCGGAAAUUUCAUGCAUCAGUGAUAGUACACUUCAUGUUUCAUCCGUAGGGAAUGAUGUCUCCUUUGCCCGGUUAAGCGGCUAUCCGUUGUGUAGCAACGCUUUGUCACACUCCAACAUCUUCAUACAAACAUCUUAAAUCUGUCUUACACUGUAUGUUGAUGCAACAACAACAUUGUCAUACCUGGCAAGUGUAGCAUCUCAGAAUUUGGAUAUCUCUUGAGGAACCACAGACCAUUCACCAUG